AUGAGUAACAAGAAUGGUGUGGUGUCGCAGAGGAGUACAUGGUGGGGGGCGGUGGUACGGGUGGGGGGGGCGCGGCGGGCGGGCGGCUGGGGCUGGCGCGCGUUGCGGCUGCUGGCGCGCCGCUCGCCGCACUUCUUCGUGCACACCAACAACCCCAUCGGCCGCCUGCCGGACUACCUCGACGAUAUGGUGAAACGCGUUGCCCGUGAGGUUGCUGCCAACGCCGCUGCAAACAAUGCCAACGGGGAAGCGUCCAAUAAUUACAGCGAUAAAUCGACGAAACAGGAGCCAUCCGAGGAAGAGGUUACUGAGGAACAGAUGGAAGCGGAUCUCAUCAAGGGUGCUGAUGCUAACGACAUUGAACAGGUGCCGGAUUCUACCCACGGCGGCGAAGAUGAAGACAAAUCGUCACGUUCCCGCAUCACAAUGAUCACACCGGCCCAAUUAGACUUGGUCGCCGCGAAACUUGCCGAUUGGAAGAAACUCGCCUCGAAACUUGGCUACAAACAAGACGAGAUACAGUUUUUCGAGACGGAGAAUGCGACAGACGCGGCAAGAGCGAAGAAUAUGCUCCAACUCUGGUUCGAUGAUGAUGAAGACGCGUCUGUCGAGAAUUUAUUCUACAUUAUGGAGGGUCUUAAGCAGACUGAGGCCUGUGAAGCGCUUAAAAAUGCGAAAUGA